AUGAUGCAGACGUGCAACUUUGCUACCUCUUGCACCCCCGACAAGUCCGCGCCGGCACCAGUGGAUGCUUCCUUGCUCAAGAAGCUCGUCACCCUCGCCAAGACAAAGGACCCUGUUGCGGAGCCUGCGGCGGUUUGCGUGUCCAACAGGCCCGAGAUGAAGAGCUGCGGGGCGGAGUGCUUCAGCCACAGCGACGUGGCAUCUUGCUCAGCCGACUGCCUGGAGCAGAAGGGUGAAAGCUCCGUUUGUGCGCAGUGCUAUGGUCCCAAGAUCCAGUGCUCCAUCGAGAAGUGCGUGGACAAGUGCAACGACGAGUUCGACUUUAACGGGGACUGCCAGGCAUGCAUGAUGCAGACGUGCAACUUUGCUACCUCUUGCACCCCCGACAAGUCCGCGCCGGCACCAGUGGAUGCUUCCUUGCUCAAGGAGCUCGUCACCCUCGCCAAGACAAAGGACCCUGUUGCGGAGCCUGCGGCGGUUUGCGUGUCCAACAGGCCCGAGAUGAAGAGCUGCGGGGCGGAGUGCUUCAGCCACAGCGACGUGGCAUCUUGCUCAGCCGACUGCCUGGAGCAGAAGGGUGAAAGCUCCGUUUGUGCGCAGUGCUAUGGUCCCAAGAUCCAGUGCUCCAUCGAGAAGUGCGUGGACAAGUGCAACGACGAGUUCGACUUUAACGGGGACUGCCAGGCAUGCAUGAUGCAGACGUGCAACUUUGCUACCUCUUGCACCCCCGACAAGUCCGCGCCGGCACCAGUGGAUGCUUCCUUGCUCAAGGAGCUCGUCACCCUCGCCAAGACAAAGGACCCUGUUGCGGAGCCUGCGGCGGUUUGCGUGUCCAACAGGCCCGAGAUGAAGAGCUGCGGGGCGGAGUGCUUCAGCCACAGCGACGCGGCAUCUUGCUCAGCCGACUGCCUGGAGCAGAAGGGUGAAAGCUCCGUUUGUGCGCAGUGCUAUGGUCCCAAGAUCCAGUGCUCCAUCGAGAAGUGCGUGGAGAAGUGCAACGACGAGUUCGACUUCAACGGGGACUGCCAGGCAUGCAUGAUGCAGACGUGCAACUUUGCUACCUCUUGCACCCCCGACAAGUCCGCGCCGGCACCAGUGGAUGUUUCCUUCGUCAAGGAGCUCGUCGCCCUCGCCAAGACAAAGCCCACUUCCUCCGACAUGUUCUAUCCAUAG